ACAGAACGCAGGAUGUUCAGGAGUGAGAGAAGAGAACAGACAGAAAAGACAAACUGAGAAAAAAGAAAGAGGAGAGAGAGAGGACGGGUAGAGAGAGAGAAAGGAGAGAGAGAGAGAGGGAGGAGAGAGAGAAAAGAAGGGAUAGAGAGGGAGAGGAGAGGAGAGAGUGGUAUGGUGCUGGCAGGGUAGAUGGCUGUCCCUGAUGAAGACACACACACACAGGGCUCUCUUUCCAGCACACACACACACACUCCUGAUACUGCUCGCCCUCUGCCUCACAGAGGCGUUGGUGCUGCAUGUUCCGGAGGGUUCAGUGCGUGCGGAGGUGCAGGGUUCCGUCCUGCUGCGUGCUGAUUGGUCCAGUUUGGGCAUCCCCCUCGUCUCCUGGAGGGUCACCACGGCGACAGGUGUACAUCCCAUAGUUACCUGGCAACCAGGUGCCCCGCCCAAUGUGUCUUCGGGCUACGAGAGGCGAGUGGAGACGCAUAGCAACGGCUCCCUCACACUCACACAGCUGCGUCUCCAUGACGCCGGAUACUACGUCGUCACGGUUACAGAGUCGUCCGGCAACAGUAAAGAGGCGGGCUUGUUGCUACAGGUGACAGAGGUGCAGUAUGAGGACCUGCACUACCUGGCUGUGUUCCUGUUGGUGUUGUUAGCGGUUAGCGGCUCGCUCAUGGUGUCCAUGUGGCUGCUGGAGAGACUCUAUCGACACCUGAUGACGUCAUGGCAACGCAAAACACAGUCGCCAGAUCUUCAACUUGAGCUGCAGCCAUUGGAGGCCACCUAACAGCACCCUGUUACCAUAGCUACUCUGGUCAGAUAACAAUGUUACCAUAGCUACUCUGGUCAGAUAACGAUGUUACCAUAGCUACUCUGGUCAGAUAACGAUGUUACCAUAGCUACUCUGGUCAGAUAACAAUGUUACCAUAGCUACUCUGGUCAGAUAACAAUGUUACCAUAGCUACUCUGGUCAAACAACAAUGUUACUAUGGAUGUGUGGAAAUAUGUUUGUUUAUGUCACUGUUAGGAUUUGUGUGUGUGUGUGUGUUUGAGUGUGUGUGAUGCCUAAAAAC